UUCCCAACAACCUAUCUCUUCACCGAGUCUCUCAUGUCCAAAUUGCUUCCUCUCCAAACCCAUCAUCAUAUUCCUCCCGAAGAACAACAUGAAGGGAUUGAGGGUUCCGGUGACCUGGGGAAGUACCAGAAGAUUUCAGGGGAGGGAAUAAGAAGGCGAACCCUCGAUCCGAUUGAAGACGAAGAAGACGAAAUUGUGGACGGAAAUCAAAAUGGAUAUACAGACGGUGAUGUUGGAGAGUAUAUGAAGGAACACAGAGAUGAAGAGACAUUAAAUAUGGCUGUGAAGAUGCAUCCGAUUAGUGGUAUUGUGGAUAUAGAGGAGGGAGAUGGGGUCACUCCUGUUGCCGCUGCUGCAGUGCCAAUCGAGGUGAGGAGUGUGGUUGUGGAGGUUUCGGAGGGCCAUGUUGAUGUUGAUGAGAAUGAGGAGCUUGCGAAAGGGACAACCGGGUUGCUUGAAAGUGCUAGGGAUGAAGGCCUCCCUCAGAGUCCAGCUGAAGUGGACAAGAAAACGACCGAAGCUGCUGCAUCUGCCGAAACUGGGAAGCAGCCGCAGGACAGUACUGCUGCUGCUCCCUCCGCCACUGCUGCUCCCGAGUCCAAUGACGGUAGAAAUGCCAACCAAAAUGGUUCCACUGAGUCUUCCAAAAGGCUUAAAAAGAAGCAACCGAAAACUGCCAAGAAACAACCCUCAAGGAGCUAGCUCAAUUGAGGAUGUAUUUCAUUUCAAGAUUGAUAGAUUGAGAGUGCAGGUCUACAUUGCUUAGAUCCUGAUGCAGAGCUCUUAGUUCUCCAUCUGGGCUUGGGGGGAGAGGGGUGUGAGUUAGUGGACAGAGAGUUGAGCUUUUUUGGUAGCACGGUGUAAUAAUCAAAUUGCUAUAUCUCGAAUUUCCUGAGAUGUUUGUGUUGGAUGAAGAAAACUGGGCUUAAUGGAUGC